AGCGUGCGCACUUCCUUCUCGGACCUAGAGAAUCCAAAAUGGAGGUGUGUGUGAGUGCUCUGAGGUCCAGGUGUAACCUGGUGUUUCCGGACGGUUCUGUGGUCAGAGAUGUUCUGACCCAGUUCAUCCAGCUCCAGGGUUUUUCCUCCGAGGAUUUCUACGUCGUCAGGAACGGUCGACUGUCGGAUCUGGAGGAUCCUCUGCAGCAUGGAGCCGUCUAUCACCUGGAGCCCCGCCUCUGUGGAGGGAAGGGAGGGUUCGGCUCCAUGCUGCGGGCUCUCGGCGCUCAGAUCGAGAAGACCACGAACCGUGAAGCCUGCCGAGAUCUGAGUGGACGACGUCUCCGAGACGUGAACCACGAGAAAGAGAUGGCAGAGUGGCUGAAGAAGCAGUCGGAGCGUGAGGCGGAGAAGGAGCAGCGUCGCCUGGAGCGUCUGCAGAGAAAACUGUCCGAGCCCAAACACCAGUUCGCUGAUCCAGAAUACCAGCAGCAGUGUCACGACCUGUCGGAGAGACUCGAGGACUCGGUGCUCAAAGGUCUGCAGGCGUCCUCCAGCAGUCAGGUGAAGGUGGACAAUGUCUCAGCAGCAAAGAGACCAAACUCAGACCAGAGCGAACAGCCAGAAAAGAAGAGGAAGGCGACAAAGACGGCAGCAGCGUGUUUCUGGACGGGGGCGGGCGAGCUGGAUGAGCUGCUGAGUUCGGAGGAAGACGACAAUGAUGACGAUGAGGAGUCUCCAUCCACUUCCUCCUCCAGCUGUGGAGCUGUUACCGUGACAACACGGAUAGAGGAAGCAGAGCCUGAGCAGAGCAGCAGCUCGUCUCCUGCCUCGGACUGCAGCUCGUCCUCAGCUCAUCGAACCAUCAGCCCCUCAGAGGACCAGAAACCUCCAGAAACCUCCAGAGACCAGACCAUCAGACCCUCAGAGGACCAGAAACCUCCAGAAACCUCCAGAGACCAGACCAUCAGACCCUCUGAAGACCAGAAAUCUCAAGAAUCCUCCAAAGCAUCAGAGGGGUCCAGCUGUUGGUCUCAGCAGCAGCAGCAGCAGCGCCAGUCUCCGGUGGAUCUGUCCUCGGUGUCGUCAGUCGACCAGCUGGAGUCUCUGGGUCUGGACGUCCUGAAGGAGGAACUGAUGUCUCGUGGGUUAAAGUGUGGCGGGACGCUGCCGGAGCGCGCCGCCCGACUCUUCUCCGUCAGAGGACUGACGCCAGAUCAGAUCGACCCAGAGCUGCUCGCCAAACCCGGCAAGACCAGGAGGAAGUGAACAGGUCAGAGGUCAGAUGUCAGAGGUGGAGUCUCCAGGCGUGGAGGUAGAAAAAAAGACUCACCUUAAAACUAGAUUAAAGGGACAUUCUGGUGUUUCUUAUUCUCAGCCAGAGAGGAUUUUCUAAAAAAAAGGGGGGAAUGUCCCUUUUCUGCUGUGGAAACCAACAGCGGCUGUUGUGGUGUCUCAUUGGACAGCGGUGUUUGUUUUUCUUCACGUUGGACAAAAAAAAAUCCUAACUCGUGACCAGUAACAACUGAGCAGACACACGACAGAAAGCUCUGGAAAAAAGCUAGUAAGUGGGCCUUGAGUUAAGACUUUUUGUGGUCAAGCCAACCCGGCAGAGAGUUCGUAGCGUCGUGUCUAACUUUGUUAAAUGACAGAUUUUUUUUAAUGGCGUCAAUCUUCGGUCUGUAGACUGUAACUGACCGCAAUAAAUCAGAAACCAGGAUUUUACAGAUAUUGCUGAAUUUCUCUCUUGCGUUUUGUAACGUCAGUCUUCUCGAUUAAUUAAAUAUGAUCCUGAUUUUGAGAUUUAACCACAGACGGCGCUUUAACUCUGAAGCUUUUAUUAAAAUGUCUCUGAAAUAAAA